CACUACCUGAGUGAAUGGAAGAAUUGCUCUGAAGCGCCACCAGAAGGUAAAAUACUUCAUGGUUGUUUGUGCCACCAUGUGGCCGGUGAUGUGGGCAGCAAUGCGCACUUACGCGCCCUAUGUGACCUUCCCUGUGGCCUUCGUAGUGGGAGCAGUGGGGUAUCACCUGGAGUGGUACAUCCGGGGACCUCCAAAAACCCCAGGAGAAGAGAGAGGUAUCUCGGAGCUUCGUGAGGACCGGAAGCUCGAGGAGUUGGUGGGCCGAGACAGCACGGAAGUUGUCAGUCUGAAGGACAGAUUAGAGUUCGCCCCCAGGGCAGUACUGGAAAAGAACCGGCCUGAGAAAAGCUAGCUAGAGUACUGUCAGCUUUCCCAAAGAGAUGAACAUUCUAGCUAAUAUGCCGUAUGUAAGGACAUUUCAUUGUGUACAACGUUGUUGACAAUAAUAAUACAAUCCAUUACAUUGCAGGUUUUUAUUUCUGGUCUUGCACAUGAGUUUUUCCACUGAUCCAGUAAUCAACUACUUAACAACUGUUCCCGAAUUAAAGUGGGUGUGUUAGAGCAGGAACCUGUGCAUGCAGUGAUUGUCUUGUUUGCUCCAUGGAAAAGACUCAAGAAUGUGUUUUGUUCAUUUGUGGCUUAAUGUUCAUAAUCCAUAGGCACAUGGACACAUGGUUGUUUAUAGCACAUUGGCGAAAACCCUUCAGAAGCUUCUAUAUACAUCUCUUUUCAGUGAUUAUCAUAAGGAUGAGCAGGAAAGAAAGACUUCUAGUUUUAUGUAUGACUGGAUGAAGGUGUGGAAGAGAUGCAGAACUAAAACAUAACAGAGUACAAAAUAAUCUAUUACAAUCAUGUUUUAGAGAGAGCAAACAAUAAAACAUCACUUCCUCUCA